GUACGCUCGGGCCCUUUCAUUCCGGCUUUUUAUGCUAAUGAGAUUCUAAUGUACAGCUGUAUGCAGCCGUAGUAAGGAGCAUGCGCAGUGCGGGAAAAGAACACGGCGAAGAUUCAAAGUUUUUGUUCAGUUUUUUGCCAAAACACCGACCAUGUUUGGCUUUCACAAGUCAAAGAUUUACCGGAGUAACGACGGCUGUUGCAUCUGCAAGACCAAGUCCUCCAGUUCACGCUUCACAGACAGCAGUCGAUAUGAGGAGACCUUCGGGCUCUGUUUUGGGCUGUCAGAAGACCGUGUUGGAGACAUUUGCAACGCCUGUGUGUUGCUGGUGAAGAGGUGGAAGAAGCUACCUAAUGGCUCCAAGAAGAACUGGAACCACGUGGUGGAUGCCAGAGCUGGGCCAGGCUUCAAGAUGACAAAGCCGAAGAAGAUGAAGAACAGUGACGGGAAGAAGAAAAGCAAGCUCAAGAAGCUUCACAAGUUAAAGAGACAAACAGACUCAGAUGCCCACAGCACGACCUCCAGCAUGUCUCCUGCCCAGUCUCCCAGUUACAGCAACCAGUCAGACGACGGCUCAGACAUCGAGUCCAAACAGAGACGCCCGACUCCGUCCAUAUUCUCUUUCUUGGACCGUUCAUACUGGAAAAGGCAAAAGGUGUGCUGUGGGAUCGUCUAUAAGGGGCGGUUCGGAGAGGUGAUUAUUGACCCUCGACUCUUCAAGCCCUGCUGCAGCUCCAAAAAACAGAAGACACUGGUGUCCACACAAGUGGCCGCACACCUUCCAGACACACUUCCUGCACAACUGCCAGAAGACAUAAAAGAAACCUGGUGAUUGUUUUUGAUGAAUUCCCCUGUAGGGUUAUCCAUGGCAUCCUCCUGGAUUUGUCUCCAGUGGCAGACCUCCCAUUUCCACUCCCCCAAUUAGAUCAGUGAGUUAGUUUCUUUUGUAUGUAAUGUUACUUUUUAUAUGGGUAUUUUUUAACUUUUGUAUAGAGUCGAUUUUUCUUUUUUUUAUAGAAAGCAAAAAGCAAAAAAAAAAAAUGUAUGGGCAUUAGUGUUAUUUAUAGCUUGCGGAAGCAAAUUUUGUCAGGGCUCCGUUUCUGAUUUGGAAUAAUUUUUUGUUAUGUUUCAAAUGAUCAGCGUUUUGUAAAUACAUUGUCACCUUUUCAUACAUAUCAAGACUGUUCUAUAUUUUUUUUUUCUUCAUAAUUUGUCUAAUUGUAAGUGUGCAUAUGAAAAACACCAGCUAUUCUAAUACCGGCUUUUUUUUUUGUGUAUGUUGAAGUGACUCUUCAACAUGUUGCUGCAAUGUUUUGUCUUAUCUGUUCCAUAUGUGCGAAUGCGUGCGUCUGCAGGAUUUUUAGUACAUAAAUGGCUGUUGGCUUCCCCAGGGAUCAUUAGUAAAACUGUUCUCUAUGAAUUUAAUGAGCUUUUAACGUUUGUAUAAUUAAGAACGCAUUAUCUCUAACACUUUCACAGCUUAAGCAUGCUAGAAGUUCGAAACACUCCAUUUUGAUUUGUUCAACGGUUGGUGCACAUUGACUGGGAUAGAUGUGGUUAGACCAUGCAUGCAGUACAUUCCUCUUCCUUUUUGGAAUGACAAAAGUGAUUUAUUUAUUUCUUUUGUACAGCCUCCAAUGAAGCGCAUGUUGUAAAGCAAAUGUUUUUUAAAAGGAUAUUGUAAAUACAGUUGUUUUGCUCUUGGUACAUCCAAACCUUUUAAAAUAACAUAGAAAAACUUCUACUUCUGUAAAGAUAAAAAAAAAUGUUUGUGUGUCGGAAAGGUGCUGAAAACAUGUACUUUUACGCUAAGCCAGUUGAUGGAAUUUAUCACAUUGUCACAUCUCAUUUUCACAGACGUUUCUGUAAAGGCGAAUAAAGCUGCAGCCUAAGCUCUGCAGCAAAUAUAUGUAAACUGCAGGGAAUGGUAGAUUUAAUUGUAAUAUUCCUUAUUUUUUUUUAUAGCUAAUGGCUGCAAUGAUCAAUAUGGUCAUUUCUACAUUUUUGCCAGAAAAAUGCUGUUAGUGAAAGUGUUUUUGUGAUUGCCAUUUCUGUGGUUUUAUGAUCAGAAGCAAUUGUCAAAGUUCAAACUAUGCAGACAUUUUGAAUGUGAGAAGUGCUCUGGGCUCUAUCACUCUCGCUUUUACAGUAUGAAGUGAUGGAUCCUUAUUCAACCAAAUUGGCUUGUAAAAAGCAUACGUUGUUCCAGCAAUAAUUGUUCAUUUUCCUAAUCAAAAUCCAUAAUUAUGUAUGUCAUAAUGCUCAGAUUGCACAUUUUAACCAUGGUGCAUACUGUCUCAAAUUAAUACUGUAAUGACAUGGUUGCUUUGUUUUUGUUUUUUCCAUUAUUGUAACCAAUCUCAAACUUCAAGAAUUGACAGGCAAUGAUCUGUAAAGUUGCUUAAUAUAUAAACUUUUCUGCGGCAGGGUAGUUAAAUGCUGAACAUGUUUUAUGAUUCUUAUAAAAAGGAGAAAUGCUGCUCCCUUUUAAGCUGGGAAAUAAGCUUGUUUUUUGUCCUUAGGGAGUUGCCAUAUUGUUUUUGCGAGGUACAUUUUGGGAUGUGAGAUGUGCCUUAAUGAAUUACCUGACCUUGUCAUUAUGAUUCUCAUGUAAUUUAUAAUUAUUUAUUGCAAAACCUUUUUUUUUAUACUGACAUUUUGAUAGCUGGUGUAGAGCCUCUCAGAAAGUCUGUCUUUAAUUUUGUGCACUUCCUUUGAACAUGCAAUGUAGAUGUUUUUUUUAAAUAAUUUUUGUAUACUGUACCACAAAGUAGAUCUGUAUUGUAAUAAAAAAAAAUUGAAAGGAAAAAAAA